CCGCUAACCGGCAUCUUAGUCACACCAUUGUUUGGCGUUGUAAUUCCAGUAAUUAGCAUUGAAUUUCCAACAAAUAAAAUUGAUUUUUCAUUUGUAUUCUCUGUACCAAAACAGUCUGCUCUUUGCUAUGUUUUGGUGUUGAUUCCAUCCAAGAAAAAAGCCUAUCAAAGUCUUGCGUUUUUUGCCGGCGACCGAAUUUAUACCCAUGUUGAAGAAGAUUCAAAUCCGGACUACAUUCGUGUUUGUAAUCAAAGUGCGAUUAAAUUGUUCAAAAGCACUUUAUCAAUGCUUGGGAUUGUGGCCACUUCGAUGAUUAUUCUGCUGAUAUUUCCAAUGUAUGCAUUUGUUGCCAAUAAUGAUAUUCAACUGCCGAUUCCAGUCGUUCUACCAUUCACCGAUCUUGAAACAAAGAAUGGAAUUAUAUUAAAUUUAGUGAAUCAAAUAUUCAUGGUCUUAAUCGGUGCAACGGGCAACAUUGGUAAUUUUAUUACAAAAUGUUAGAAAAUGAUCAGUUAGUUUUUAAUCGAUAUCUUUCGAAUGAAGGCAUCGAAAUUAUGACUUGCAUUUUGAAAAAUAAUGUGUGGGCCAGCACGGUAGCUAUAUGCCAUGCCAUCGAUGAGAUAUCGGAUUGCAUUGAAUGUCCCAAAGCGGAUGACAUGAAGGGAUUUAUCGAUUUAAAAGUACGAAAUAUUUUAGUCCAAGUGCAAGAUCUCGAUCGUUUUAUUUUGCUACUUUCCGAAUUAUAUUAUUGGAAAUUUUUCCUUCAACCAAUCAUGCUAACCUUUUCGGUAUCAAUCGCUGCUUUCUUCUAUUUGUAUGUCGACUGGACCAGUGGACUUGGAACGGCUUUUCUGACCUAUUCACAGCUUUACAUUUUAUGCGACAUCGGGAACGAAGUGGUAACAGCUGUAAUGUGCACCCAUUAUUAUCUGAAAUCAACACAUUUACCAAAUAAUUCUUUCGAUUUUGUGUAGAAUAAAAUGUUGGUGCUGAAAUUUCAUGGAAUGCCAUGGUAUCUCAUGUCGACGCAGAAUCAACUAAGCUACGCUCACACGCUGAAUCGAUUGCAAAAUGGUGCAAUCCUUCGCAUCGGCCCAUUCGCUGAACUCAAUUUCGAAACAUUCUCAACUGUAACCUGUUUUUUUUUCGCUUUGAAAUCUGAAAAUUUGUACAAUUCAAUCUAUUUUAGAUGACGAAUAAAAUUUACUCUACGCUAAUGAUGUUGGUCCGAUUCACAAAAUGAA